AUGGCAACCACCGACGCGACUACCAGCACCCCCUCACGUCCAUGCAUCUUUAUAAAUCAUCUCGGCGAAUCUUCAAGCAAAUUACCCUCCGACAAUAACCCACCGCUCAUCAUUCCACCUUUCCCACCUACCAUCGACCCACGCGAUUUGAUCACUUUACUUCCCGAUGGCCGCGUACCGACCAGAGCACCCAACGCAUUUAUAAUCUAUCGAAAGGCGUUUAUUGACGCCGUCAGGGAUAGCGGAAACUACCUCCCGAUGACCGUGGUCUCCCUGAUGGCAUCGAAAUCCUGGGAGCAAGCUUCCGACGUGGUAAAAGAAGAAUAUAAGAGGCUUGCAAAAAAAGCGUUUGAUUACAGAAACGAGAUUUGCCCCAAAUCCCAGAGACGCAGAAAAAGAGAAAAGUGGAAUGUCGUUUCCUUCAAUCAAUUUUCUUCUGGUCGUAACAAUCGUUCAGGAAAAUCGACCAAAUCUCGAUCACUGCCGACCUCGCGAAUUUCCCCAACCAACAUCGAACCUCGACCAUCGACGAUCCCGGAAAUUUCCGAUAACGUGAACUCUCAACAAACGUCGUUCGACUUUUACAACUUCACUGCUGGUAGUACAGAAAAUUUGCACAACAAUCUUCCAAGUCUGGCUCCAUCGAUACCCUCUAGUGGCUCUAACUCCAUCGUCAGUUCGCCCGAUUUAAACGAAAUCGACACGAAUGUUUUCUUGCAAACCGAUGACCCUCAUACCAUUACACUUGAGGAGGAACAACCGCUCGUGGUUUGGCCCGAAUUUAAAUACUCAAGUAACGCUGCUUACAAUAGAUCGGAAUCUGUUCUCAUGAAUUAUAACCAACCUUACCAACCUUACGACGAUCACAUGAAUGGUGAUUUGUUCUAUUCAAUCCUUUCGAACGAAUCACGUGACGAAAGCAUCCCGUUUUCCUUUGAUCUGUUGGAUAACGCAGCGGCGUUUUCGAAUAACUUUACCAAUUUUGAGCCCUUUGACGUCAUAAACACUUGGAACGAUAAUUUGUGCACAACCUCUUACAUCGAGGCUUUAUCCUCCCCCAUUUAUUAUUUUUAG